AUGGCCUCGUUCGAAUCGCUACACGAGCGCCUCGCAGCGCUCCAAGAAACGACGGGCCAACUCCGCGAACUCAUCGACCGCCUCGCCAACAUUCAAUUCCAGCCGGGUUCUGUACCCCUGAGCACUAGCGACGAAGACAACGUUGCCACUGAGUUAAGCACCGAGAUCGGCCAGAUUCUGCGCGAGGAGGAGGAAGACCUCGAGCUGCUCCAUGAAGAGAUCAUCGACCUGCGCUCCGGCCGGCCGGGAAGCGACGCCGAGCACCGCAAGAUACGCCUCAAAGAGAGCGCACACCGACUCCAAACCGAACUAAAAGACUGCCGCACCUCCUUUCGCAAGGCCCAGCUCUCCGCCCGCCGCAGCCUCGAAGCCGCCCAGAAACUCGAGCGCGACCUCCUCCUCGCGUCCUACGCCGCCUCCGCGUCCGCCUCCUCCUCCACCAUCCUCACCAACCCCGACACAACCCCCGACUCCGACGCCACCUCCCCAACAGGCACCCAACAACACCACCAACAACAACCCCUCUCCCACGAAGAAGCCCGCGCCCAGCUCCUCACACCGCGCGACCGCCGCCGCCUCAACAAAAAACCCGGCAACCGCGGCAGCAGCCAACAAAACGACGUGGUCACCACGUCCAGCGACAUCACGCUCGCCCUACAACGCACCCACACGCUCAUCGCAGGCGAGCUCGCCAAAUCCGCCUUCGCCUCGCAAACCCUCGCCGAAAGCUCAGCAGCCCUCGCCGAGCUGCAGCGCAGCUACGAGGGCUUGGACGGCCUGCUGACGCGGUCGCGCGACCUGGUGGGCACGCUGGUGCGCGCGCAAAAGAGCGACACCUGGUACCUGCGCGCCGCGCUGCGCCUGCUGCUGGCCACGCUGGCGUGGCUGGUGUUUCGGCGCUUCCUGUACGGCCCGCUGUGGUGGCUGCUGUGGCUGCCGCUGCGCACGGGGUGGCGCGUGACGAGGGGGGUGUCGCAGCUUGGUGGUGGUGGUGCGGGUGGUGGGGAGAGGGGGGCUACGAUGGGGGUGGUGGCGCCUGGGGAGCAUGGUGGGGCGGCGGCUACGGUUGUGGUGGGGGUUGGGGAGGAGGGGGCCGUGCCGACGGUGCGGGUUGGGAGGGGCCAGGAGGAGGGAGAGGGUAGUGGUGAUGGGGAUUCGAUGGUGGAGAAGGUGGGCAGGAUGGUGGAGGAUACAUUGGACCGGAGGGAGGAGGAGGAAGCGAAUAGGACGGCGGGGGAUGAGCUGGAGGACCAGCCCAACCCCAUGAAGCGGGUGUGGGAGGAAGACGUUGGGGAGGCGGGGCAGGUGAGGGACGAGUUAUGA